GCUUGGCGGCGCAGUGGUGCGUAUUGCUAGGCCGCGGGUUUGUGAGGCGGCGGCGCCCGAGGAGCUGCCAUGGCGGACGUCACUGCACGGAGCCUGCAGUAUGAGUAUAAGGCGAACUCCAACCUCGUACUUCAAGCAGACCGCUCCUUGAUCGACAGGACCCGGCGAGAUGAGCCCACGGGGGAAGUGCUUUCCUUGGUGGGGAAGCUGGAGGGGACACGCAUGGGUGACAAAGCACAGAGGACCAAGCCCCAAAUGCAGGAGGAGCGGCGGGCCAAGAGGAGGAAGCGUGACGAGGACAGGCACGACAUCAACAAGAUGAAGGGCUACACCUUGCUGUCGGAGGGCAUUGACGAGAUGGUGGGGAUCAUCUACAAGCCCAAAACCAAGGAGACUCGGGAGACCUACGAAGUGCUGCUGAGCUUCAUUCAGGCAGCCCUCGGGGACCAGCCCCGGGACAUUCUCUGCGGAGCUGCCGAUGAGGUCCUGGCUGUGCUAAAGAAUGAGAAGCUGCGGGACAAGGAGCGGCGGAAGGAGAUUGACCUUCUGCUGGGCCAGACAGACGACACCCGGUACCACGUGCUGGUGAACCUGGGCAAGAAGAUCACAGACUACGGUGGUGACAAGGAGAUCCAGAACAUGGAUGAUAACAUUGAUGAGACCUAUGGUGUGAACGUGCAGUUCGAAUCUGAUGAAGAGGAGGGCGAUGAGGAUGUCUACGGUGAAGUGAGGGAUGAAGCAUCGGACGAUGACAUGGAGGGGGAUGAAGCUGUUGUCCGUUGCACCCUCUCAGCCAAUCUUGUGGCUUCUGGGGAGCUAAUGAGCUCCAAGAAGAAGGACCUGCAUCCCCGUGACAUUGAUGCCUUCUGGCUCCAGCGGCAACUGAGCCGCUUCUAUGAUGAUGCCAUUGUGUCCCAGAAGAAGGCGGAUGAGGUGCUGGAGAUCUUGAAAACAGCCAGCGAUGACCGUGAGUGUGAGAACCAGCUUGUCCUGCUCCUGGGUUUCAAUACCUUUGACUUCAUCAAAGUGCUGAGGCAGCACAGGAUGAUGAUCCUGUACUGCACACUGCUGGCUAGUGCCCAAAGUGAGGCCGAGAAAGAGAGGAUCAUGGGGAAGAUGGAAUCAGAUCCCGAGCUCUCCAAGUUCCUGUACCAGCUGCAUGAAACAGAGAAGGAGGAUCUCAUUCGGGAGGAGCGCUCUCGCAGGGAACGUGUCCGCCAGUCCCGGAUGGACACAGACCUGGAAACCAUGGACCUGGAUCAGGGUGGAGAGGUGCUGGCCCCACGGCAGGUGCUGGACUUGGAGGACCUGGUGUUUGCCCAAGGCAGCCAUUUUAUGGCCAACAAGCGGUGCCAGCUGCCUGACGGCUCUUUCCGCCGCCAGCGCAAAGGCUACGAGGAGGUGCAUGUUCCUGCCCUAAAACCUAAGCCCUUCGGCUCUGAGGAGCAACUGGUUUCUGUGGACAAGUUACCCAAGUACGCCCAGGCAGGCUUUGAGGGCUUCAAGACUUUGAACCGGAUCCAGAGCAAGCUCUACCGUGCUGCGCUCGAGACGGACGAGAACCUCCUGCUGUGUGCUCCCACGGGUGCGGGGAAGACCAACGUGGCACUGAUGUGCAUGCUUCGUGAGAUUGGGAAGCACAUUAACAUGGACGGCACCAUCAAUGUGGAUGACUUCAAAAUCAUCUAUAUCGCCCCCAUGCGGUCUCUGGUGCAAGAAAUGGUGGGCAGCUUCGGGAAGCGCCUGGCCACUUAUGGCAUCAACGUGGCAGAACUGACUGGGGAUCACCAGUUGUGCAAGGAGGAGAUUAGUGCCACCCAGAUCAUUGUCUGCACCCCAGAGAAGUGGGACAUCAUCACCCGCAAAGGUGGUGAACGCACCUAUACCCAGCUGGUGCGCCUUGUCAUUCUGGAUGAGAUUCACCUGCUGCAUGAUGACCGAGGCCCCGUCCUGGAGUCACUGGUGGCCAGAGCCAUCCGCAACAUUGAGAUGACACAGGAGGAUGUGAGGCUUGUGGGCCUGAGUGCCACCCUCCCGAACUAUGAGGACGUGGCCACAUUCCUCCGAGUGGACCCUGCCAAGGGCUUGUUCUACUUUGAUAACAGCUUCCGCCCAGUGCCCCUGGAGCAGACCUACGUGGGGAUCACAGAGAAGAAAGCCAUCAAGCGUUUCCAGAUCAUGAAUGAGAUCGUCUAUGAGAAGAUCAUGGAGCACGCAGGAAAGAACCAGGUGCUGGUGUUCGUUCACUCCAGGAAGGAGACAGGAAAGACUGCCCGGGCUAUCAGGGAUAUGUGUCUGGAGAAGGACACUCUGGGUCUCUUCUUGCGAGAGGGCUCGGCCUCCACUGAGGUCCUGAGGACAGAAGCUGAGCAGUGCAAGAACCUAGAACUGAAGGACCUGCUGCCCUAUGGCUUUGCCAUUCACCAUGCUGGGAUGACCAGGGUGGACCGGACGUUGGUGGAGGAUCUGUUUGCUGACAAGCACAUCCAGGUCCUGGUCUCCACAGCAACGCUAGCAUGGGGCGUGAACCUCCCUGCUCACACAGUCAUCAUCAAAGGGACGCAAGUGUACAGCCCCGAGAAAGGGCGCUGGACUGAGCUGGGGGCCCUGGAUAUCUUGCAGAUGCUGGGGCGAGCAGGAAGACCCCAAUACGACAGCAAAGGCGAGGGCAUCCUCAUCACAUCCCAUGGCGAGCUGCAGUAUUACCUCUCGCUGCUCAACCAGCAGCUGCCCAUUGAGAGCCAGAUGGUGUCAAAACUACCUGAUAUGCUGAAUGCUGAGAUCGUGCUGGGCAAUGUCCAGAACGCCAAAGAUGCAGUGAACUGGCUAGGCUACACCUACCUUUAUAUCCGGAUGCUGCGCUCCCCAACGCUCUAUGGGAUAUCACACGAUGACCUGAAGGGUGAUCCAUUACUGGACCAGCGCCGCCUGGACCUCGUUCACACUGCUGCGCUGAUGCUGGACAAGAACAACCUCGUCAAGUACGACAAGAAGACAGGAAAUUUCCAGGUAACAGAGCUGGGCCGCAUCGCCAGCCACUACUACAUCACCAACGAGACAAUGCAGACCUACAACCAGUUGCUGAAGCCCACACUGAGUGAAAUCGAGCUUUUCCGGGUCUUCUCGCUGUCCUCAGAAUUCAAGAACAUUACUGUGCGGGAGGAGGAGAAGUUGGAGCUCCAGAAGCUGCUGGAGCGGGUCCCAAUCCCAGUGAAGGAGAGCAUAGAGGAGCCCAGUGCCAAGAUCAACGUGCUGCUCCAGGCAUUCAUCUCUCAGCUGAAGCUAGAAGGCUUCGCCCUAAUGGCUGACAUGGUGUACGUCACCCAGUCUGCUGGGCGCCUCAUGCGUGCCAUCUUUGAGAUCGUCCUCAACCGUGGUUGGGCCCAGCUCACUGACAAAACUCUCAACCUCUGCAAGAUGAUCGAUAAGAGGAUGUGGCAGUCCAUGUGUCCCCUGCGCCAGUUCAAGAAGCUGCCUGAGGAGGUUGUGAAGAAGAUUGAGAAGAAGAACUUCCCAUUCGAGCGCCUCUAUGACCUGAAUCACAAUGAGAUUGGGGAGCUCAUUCGGAUGCCCAAGAUGGGCAAGACCAUCCACAAGUACGUCCACCUGUUCCCUAAGCUGGAGCUCUCUGUCCACCUCCAGCCUAUCACACGGUCCACCCUGAAGGUGGAGCUGACCAUCACCCCCGACUUCCAGUGGGACGAGAAGGUCCAUGGCUCAUCUGAAGCCUUCUGGAUCCUGGUGGAGGAUGUGGACAGCGAAGUGAUCCUGCACCAUGAGUACUUCCUGCUGAAAGCCAAAUACGCCCAGGACGAGCACCUCAUCACCUUUUUCGUGCCUGUGUUCGAGCCACUGCCUCCACAGUACUUCAUCCGCGUGGUCUCUGACCGCUGGCUCUCCUGUGAGACACAGCUGCCUGUGUCAUUUCGCCACCUGAUCCUCCCUGAGAAGUACCCACCUCCCACAGAGCUGCUGGACCUGCAGCCACUGCCUGUGUCUGCCCUGCGCAACAGUGCCUUUGAGAGUCUCUACCAGGAUAAGUUCCCCUUCUUCAACCCCAUCCAGACUCAAGUGUUCAACACGGUCUACAACAGUGAUGACAACGUCUUUGUGGGCGCCCCCACGGGCAGCGGCAAGACCAUCUGUGCUGAGUUUGCUAUCCUGCGCAUGCUACUGCAGAACUCAGAGGGACGCUGCGUCUACAUCACCCCCAUGGAGCCGCUUGCUGAGCAGGUCUUCCUGGACUGGUACGAGAAGUUCCAGGAGCGCCUCAACAAGAAGGUGGUGCUGCUGACGGGCGAGACCAGCACAGACCUCAAGCUCCUGGGCAAAGGCAACAUCAUCAUCAGCACACCUGAGAAGUGGGAUAUCCUCUCCCGGCGUUGGAAGCAGCGCAAAAACGUCCAGAACGUCAACCUUUUUGUUGUGGAUGAAGUUCACCUCAUCGGGGGCGAGAAUGGGCCUGUGCUGGAGGUGAUCUGCUCCCGGAUGCGCUACAUCUCCUCUCAGAUUGAGAGGCCCAUCCGCAUCGUGGCACUCAGCUCCUCACUGUCCAAUGCCAAGGAUGUGGCCCACUGGCUGGGCUGCAGCGCCACAUCUACCUUCAACUUCCACCCCAAUGUGCGGCCGGUGCCCCUGGAGCUCCACAUCCAGGGCUUCAACAUCAGCCACACGCAGACCCGCUUACUAUCCAUGGCCAAGCCGGUAUACCAUGCCAUCAUGAAGCACUCACCCAAGAAGCCCGUCAUCGUCUUCGUCCCAUCCCGCAAGCAGACGCGCCUCACAGCCAUCGAUAUCCUCACCACUUGCGCUUCCGACAUCCAAAGGCAGAGGUUCCUGCACUGCACAGAAAAGGAUCUGGCACCCUACCUGGACAAGCUGGACGACAGCACCCUCAAGGAGACGCUGGUGAAUGGCGUGGGCUACCUCCAUGAGGGGCUGACACCCAUGGAACGGCGUGUAGUGGAGCAGCUCUUCAGCUCUGGUGCAGUGCAAGUGGUGGUGGCCUCCCGGAGCCUCUGCUGGGGCAUGAAUAUUGCUGCCCACCUGGUGAUCAUCAUGGACACACAGUACUACAAUGGCAAGAUCCACGCGUACGUGGACUACCCCAUCUAUGAUGUGCUGCAGAUGGUGGGCCACGCCAACCGCCCCCUGCAAGAUGACGAGGGCCGCUGCGUCAUCAUGUGCCAGGGCUCUAAGAAGGAUUUCUUCAAGAAAUUCCUGUACGAGCCACUGCCCGUGGAGUCGCACCUGGACCACUGCAUGCACGAUCAUUUCAAUGCCGAGAUUGUCACCAAGACCAUAGAGAACAAGCAGGACGCUGUUGACUACCUGACCUGGACCUUCCUCUACCGUCGCAUGACCCAGAACCCCAACUACUACAACCUCCAAGGCGUCUCUCAUCGGCAUCUCUCGGACCACCUGUCGGAGCUGGUGGAGCAGACACUGAGUGACCUGGAGCAGUCCAAGUGCAUCAGCAUUGAGGACGAGAUGGACGUGGCCCCUCUCAACUUGGGCAUGAUUGCAGCCUACUACUACAUCAACUACACCACCAUUGAGCUCUUCAGCAUGUCACUCAAUGCCAAGACCAAGGUGCGGGGCCUGAUUGAGAUCAUCUCCAACGCCGCUGAAUAUGAAAAUAUCCCCAUCCGACACCACGAGGACAAUCUCCUGCGGCAGCUGGCGCAGAAGGUCCCGCACAAACUGACCAACCCAAAGUUCAAUGACCCCCACGUCAAGACCAACCUGCUGCUGCAGGCCCACCUGUCCCACAUGCAGCUGAGUGCUGAGCUGCAAUCCGACACUGAGGAGAUUCUCAGCAAGGCCAUCCGCCUCAUCCAGGCCUGUGUGGAUGUGCUGUCCAGUAAUGGGUGGCUCAGCCCUGCACUGGCUGCUAUGGAGCUGGCGCAGAUGGUCACCCAGGCCAUGUGGUCCAAGGACUCGUACCUCAAGCAGCUGCCGCACUUCACAGCUGAACACAUCAAGCGCUGCACAGAGAAGGGUGUGGAGAGUGUCUUUGACAUAAUGGAGAUGGAGGAUGAGGAGCGCAAUGCCCUGCUACAGCUCUCAGAUGCCCAGAUUGCUGACGUGGCCCGCUUCUGCAAUCGCUACCCCAACAUCGAGUUGUCUUAUGAGGUUGUGGAGAAGGACAGCAUCCGCAGUGGGGGCCCAGUGGUGGUACUGGUGCAGCUGGAGAGAGAGGAGGAAGUCACGGGACCAGUCAUUGCGCCCCUGUUCCCUCAGAAGCGUGAGGAGGGCUGGUGGGUGGUGAUCGGUGACUCCAAGUCCAACAGCCUCAUCUCUAUCAAGCGGCUGACCCUGCAGCAGAAAGCCAAGGUGAAGCUGGAUUUUGUGGCCCCAGCCACAGGCACCCACAAUUACACACUGUACUUCAUGAGUGAUGCUUACAUGGGCUGUGACCAGGAAUACAAGUUCAGCGUGGACGUGAAGGAAGCUGAGAGCGACAGUGACUCUGACUAGCCCUGGACUCUUGCCAUGGACAUAGCCAGCCACAGGACCUGGCUGAGGGCUACAGUGGGCCAAAGGGAAUGAGGUGCACACAUCAGGCUGUCCUGUGCUGUGUGCACCUGCUCUAGAACUGUGAACCUCUGUGCUGGCAGCUAGGCCCAGCCACAAGUAACUGGGCCUGUAGCCUUCCUUGCGGAGCUCCUGCCUGCAUUCCCUCUCCUGGGUUUUAGUUGAUCCUUUUGUAUAGUGUGUAGUUUCUUUUACCUGGGAGGCAAAUAGGACUUGCCCUGGCCUCAAUAAAGCUGUUGAACCAC